AUGGCUGACUUUGACACGAUUCUGAAGUUUUGGGCUCCAGUAGAGGAGGACUUUAACACAUACGGAGGUCUGGUUCUGACUCGUUUAUUCGCUGAGCACCCUGAGACCCAGAAGCUGUUCCCCGAGUUUGCAGGAAUCGCCCAAGCCGACCUUGCCGGAAACCCGGCCAUUUCUGCCCACGGUGUCACAGUGCUGAAGAAACUGGGGGAGCUGCUGAAAGCUAAAGGCAAUCACGCCGCCAUCCUCAAACCUCUGUCCAAGACCCACGCCACGAAACACAAGAUAGCCCUCGUCAACUUCAAGCUGAUCACAGAAGUCAUCGUGAAGGUCUUGGAAGAGAAGGCCGGCCCGGACAGCGCCGGGAAGCAAGCGUUGAACAACGCAAUGGACGUCGUCAUUGCCGACAUCGGCGCGGACUACCAAGAGCUGGGCUUCGCCGGCUGA